CCCAUGUCUGACGCCCCGGGUGAUAUCAGGGAAUUGAAGUCCCGGCAAUGGAGUUGCUCUACUCUCCAGGGUGGGAUGUCGUACCUAGAGGAACAACGGCGUCUUGUGAAGGAAGAGCAUUUGGAUAUUGAAGACCAACUCAAAGCUGCACAAGAACUCCGUGAACGUUUGAAACAGCAGCUCCAGGAAACCGAAGCUGAGGAACGGAAGUUGGCUGGAGAGAAAGCGGGCCAAGUUCCCAAUCCCACCACGCCACCAGUUACUCCUACUGAAGGGUUCCCCAGGACUCCAGAGAUGUCAGGAAAAGACCAUUCAGUAGCCUGUGAUACCCAGUUGGAUGAGGCUGGCUAUCAUCCAGACAAUCAGGUUGGAAUCUAUGACAGGACACCUUCUUUGGUUGGUAGGCAUGAGUCCAACAGUGCCUUGUCACCAACAGACAAGUUACCAGGGGACAAGUCGGUUGAGGAUAAGGCAGCCCCAGAACCAUCAAGGCCUAUAUCCACCCCAGUUCGUGCUCCUGCCCGGGGGUGUCCUACAACCACUCCUCCCAACAAGCCCUACAUGAAGAGCCGUGAGAUCAGGGAACCACUGACUCCAACCGAGAUUGAAGAAACACCCCCACAGCCCGGAAUUACUUCUGAUGACUAUCCAACACCGCCAGCACCAAGCCCUGCACGGGAUGAACCAGUGGAUGAUGUACCCAAUGAAUGUCUCCAGUACUUCGCCCAGCUGGCCUUGGGUCUGGCCAGUUCCGCAAGUGGUGCAAGCCGACCAGAGGUGGAACCUAAGCCGGUUGAGCCAGCUCGGGAACCUGCACCCCCUGCCCGUGAGGAAAAGAAGGCACCCGUGGUUCCGAACAAAGCAGAUUCUGGGAAUGAUGAGGCCAAUUCUCCGGCCAAAGAAUCCGAGGCUUCCGAGGACAAGUCCAACAAGCGCCAGGAUGUUUUCAAGCGCACUGCUGAAUUGCGCAUUCAGCAGAAGCGUGCGAGAAAGGAAUCUUGUGGGGGAGGGUUUUACACGGAAGAGGCCAUGAAGACCGAACUUGGAUAUACUGCGAAGAGGAUCAAGGCAAUCAUUGCCUAUUGCAGCCACAAGAGACGCAGGGACACACACAUCAGGAAGGACAAAUAUGAGCGCAUUGACAAGUACCUUGUGGAAACCCAGGACACCGUAGAGCUCAACCGUACGCGUGAAGACACGGUUGACCAAAGUUUGGAGUUUGAAGUUUCCGGCCCAUCCUCAGCGGCAUUUCCCAGUGGGCCUGAUGGUUUGGUUGAGUCUGACCGCCCCAGUCGAAAGCGCUCCAAGGUUCCUGACGAAAGCCAGGAUGAGGACAGUGAUGAAGAUGACUCAGAUGAUGGCAUGAUGGGUGAGGCCACAUCAGAUUCAGAGGAUGAUGAUGAUGGGAAGACUUCCAAGACAGGGAGCAAGUCUAAGUCGGCUUCUGGUCGGUCCAAACGCAGUCGCCAUACAGAUGAAAUCCCUGAGGACAUCUACAACUCUGACGAGAUCCUGUCCCAAAUCCUCAAAUCCACAGUUAAGAUGGAUGGCUUGUUGCACAAACUUGGCCAACAUGGAACCGAGGAAGCAGCGCAGAUUGCUAAGGGCGUCGAUGGCCAAAAGGCGACCCUUAUUGGCUUGCAUGAUGAGAUUGCUGGAUUCAAAGCGGAAUAUGAUGCAGACAAGAAACUGACCCCGGAGAAAGCAAAGGCAUUGCGUGCCAAGUUCCGUCAAGUGGAAGUUGCGUGCAGCAAAGCUGCCAUGGAGCACAAGAAGCUGACCAGGACAAUCUUGAAGAAGACCAAGGAAGCCAAGCCGAAAUCGGCGGGGAGGGGUAAGAAACCCAAGGCCAAGAAGACUAGCGGGGAUGACGGUCAGGAGGCAGCCCCUACAACCCCUCCGCCCAGACGGGUGAUGCACCAGCUGGCAGUGCUAAGAGGCCCCGCUCAGCUGGCCCAGUUGGAGAGGCAUUGGCAGGCGCUGUCUCUAGAGGUUCUCCUUGGUGAUGCUCAAGAAAGCUUGUUUGUCUCCUGCGUGGGGGUGAAGGGCGAUUGGGGAUGGUUCAAGGGUGCGGACACAACGACCUUGACAUACUUUUUGGAGCACCGCUUUGCCAAGAUCCUUUCAGAUAAUCCAGGGCAUGAGCAUGCAACCUACAUCGAAUCGAUUCUGGCAUGCUUGCGGGCCUCGAGCAAGAUUUUCAAGAUCCUUUACAGAGCCUCGCUAUGGCUCACCGAUGGUGAGCGGGAUGCUGUGAUUGACUCCUUGCGAGAUUUGCUGGCAAACUUCAAGAAAGCGGCCGGGUACAGUUUCAACGUUUUGAAGCUGACUCGCUUCAAAUUCCAGCCGAAGUACCACAUGCUGUCUGAAGUCCGGUACGAACUGAUUUGCAACAGACAGCUUGGUGUGGAGUCAUUGAAUGCACUGGCAUUCAGUUGCCAGAUGGACGAGGACUUUGUAGGCCGAUUGGCUCAGAUGAGCAGAUUUGUCUCGUCGAAGGCGGUGCACAGAAAAACCGUUGAGAGAUACAAGUUAGCGGUGGCCUCGGUGUGGUGA